UAUAAAAGACCCUUUCUUAUACGGAAACUUGAUAUUUACUUGUUCUCAUCUUCUCCGAUCGGUGGAUUCUCUUUAUCUCUCUCUGGUGAUUAGUUUUAACCUAGUGGAGCUCUUAGCUUGCGGCGUCGCCGGUUGUGGAUAAACACGGGAAGGCGGCGUGUCUGCCAUGGAGUUUCUGGCAGGUAUGCCAGCGGCGCAGGAUAAGGAUGAACCGGCGGCUCUGUUCUUGACGGAGGAAUCUAGACAUGGUGGAAGAAGGUUAAGGAGAUGUGUUAAGUCUUCUCCGACGGAGGAGAAAUCGCAGAGUUCGUCAUCGGUCGGGGUGGCGGGAGAAAGCAGCGAAAGCGAGGGAGAAGAAGACGAAGACGGCGCCGUUUCGUCACAACAAGGAAGGUGGCUGGAUUCGUUUGGUUCAUCUCUGGAAGAUUCUCUUCCGAUUAAGAGAGGAUUAUCAAAUCAUUACAUAGGGAAAUCGAAAUCGUUUGGAAAUUUAUUGGAAGCGAGCAACAGCGCCAAGGAUCUGGAGAAAGUGGAGAGUCCGUUGAACAAGAGAAGGAGAUUGCUUAUUGCUAACAAACUAAGGAGAAGGACAUUGUCGUCAUCUUUUAGCUUCUACCCAAAGACUAAUCUUAAUUCCAUGCCUUUACUUGCGUUGCAAGAAUCUGAUGAAGAUGAUCACAAAUACGAUAACGACGAUGAUGAUGAUAGUAGUGACGAGGAAGUUGAUAAACUGCAAGAUAAGAGGAUGAAGAUGACGAAUAACAGAGAUUUUAUGGUUCAAACUCAGAGCUGUUUUUGCUUAUCUAGUUUUCCAGAGGAUGAUCGAUAAAAUCCACUUUAUUACCCACUUGCGUUUUUUUUUUUUUUAAUCUAGCGUAGAGGACGUUUCGUUGGCAAUAAGUGAUUUGCUAGAUUGGUCAAGGAAUAUAACUAAUGGUUUAAUCGCUUAGAUUAUCAUACUUUUGUUGAACACUUAGUCGAUAAUGAGUUUGAUUAUUAUUUGUAUAUUUGA